AUGGGGCCCAAAUCAACCAAGUGUUUCCCGAUCAAUUCAAGAAAAUCUUCGAAAGAUCAAGGAGAGCAGUCGAAUACAUCGCUUUUCCCUUUGCCGAUGCACGCAAGAUCGAAAUUCGAACGUAUAUACGGAACAAAUCAAACAUCAGCCGGAAUGGUGCACUUGCCAUUACCAUUACUCAAGUCUUCCGACACAGUCACAGCAGCAUCAUGUUUACUCAACGGUUCCAAAAUUCACUUCACAAACAACUUUCAUGAUCCACCUGUCACUCAAGAUCCACAUGCCGUUCAGUCAGCAUCACAAGUUUCUCACAAGACAAUGAUUGUGGCACUCAAAUACAACCAAACAUGGCAUCACUUCACCUCACAAAAAAGCCUCACAAGUGCAAACGCCAGCAUGCAACCCUAA